AUGGGCAAGCCAGGCCUAGGGAUAUUCACCGCCCGCCGUAAGUCUCAGGGCAAUGCAUUCGAGGAAGUCGAUAUCGCAACAAGUCCUGAGACUAUAACGGCGCCCUCUGAUUCUGGUGGUUUCCGGGUGCUGAGCAAGACGGAGGUAGAAAAAGCAAAAGAGCAGCGCAAGACACAGGAAAAAGAGAGGUCGUCCAAGUUUCCUCGUUUCAGUGGCUUUAGCAAUGCUGGCAGCAAGAACCGCAACCAGUCCGUAGACGAUGAGUCUCCAGGAUCUUCAAAACGCGACAGCAAGUCCAGCAGUGGGACUCAAUUUUCCAAUUCGAGACCCUACGCCAAUGGCCAGCAUGGCUCGACCUCUACACUUCCUUCUUCCACGGACACCAGCUCCGACGACAACCUCUUCACUAACAUACCUCGACCGACCGUCUCUCAACACAACAGCUCCCCUGCCCCGUCUUCGGUAGGCGCCCUCCGUAAGAACUUGCCCUCACUACCCAAGUCAAGCUCCGGCGUGUCAUCAUACAAGGAUCUGUCAGGGUCAGGGUGGAGCGGCAGAAAUCGGGCUAUGACCACCUCGAGCUACGCGAGCACAGCAGUUCCGCCGAAACUCGAAGGAGACCUGAACUUCGGCGGCUUUGAAGACGACAUGUUUAGCCAUUUAAGCCGCAAGGAAUCUCCCGAAAUACCACGGGAGACUGCGGGACGCUCACUCCUUUCGGAAAAGCGCACGUUCCAGGCAGAACCUAUUAAGAUACCACCACCCUCUGGCAUCGAAGCGCCGUUGAAGAGUUGGGACAGCCGCAACUCAACUGACAACCUAAUGGCUUCUCCAAAGUCGGAUAAUGACUCGCCGCCCCCGCCCCUCCUCCACACAAAUGCCGAUGCUCAAUUCGUACGCAAAUCAUACACAGAUAGAAAGUCGUACCGGGAAAGCUCUCCAGAACAACAACCCAACUCCACCUCUUCGUCGUCUGCCAACUCCUACCAGACCCCCUAUUCCUCUCGAUCGGCCACAGCUACGAGCACCACCACGAAUACAACACCAAAAGCUUCUCUCGCACCGACUGCCUCACCCUACAACGAUGCUGAGGAAGAUGACCUGUUCGCACCUUCGAAGCCUGCCCCCAAUCAAGAAGUUCCAACAGCGAAAAAGCCUGCGGCUCUACCCUCCAACAGCAACGCUACAGCGGCUGCCACUACAGCGGAUGGAAGGCGUGUGAUGUCGCAAGCCGAAUUUAGGGAGUACCAAAAGAGGCAGAUGAAUCAGCCACCGCCAGAGGAAAGCUCUGACGACGAAGACUACGAGGAUGAGGAGGAUGCUAUCAAAAGGCGAGAGGAAGAGGAACUGAUGAGGCGCAAGAACCAGCAAAUGCAUUUUGCCCGGGAGGCCAUGCGACGUUCCACCACAGCUCCUGGGGCUCCUACAGACCCGGGAGCAGAUCAUAUGGGCUUCCCAUCGGAAACGUCGAUGAAGGCCGAAGAGUGGGAAGAUGAGGAUGUACCGUUGGGUAUUCUUGCCCAACACGGCUUUCCAAGUCAGACUCGCAACAGGUUUCCCAGUCAGCCAACAAACUCCAUGCCCUCGUAUAUACCCGAUCGUCCAGCCUCUGCGGGUGCCAUGAGCCAACGCGGCGUUUCCCAAGCGAAUCUGCCGGCCUUUGCGAGACACUUGCCUCAGGAUCCGUACAACUCCUCUUUCAUUGGAGGGGGCUUGGUCCGGCCGACAAACCGCGAGUCGAUGGGGUUCAAUGGUUUUGCGCGGGGUCCUGGAUCAGUCGUAGGCGGGUCAGUUGCUGGUGACAUGGGCAUGAGCCCUGGCAUGAUGUACCAAGAUGCUGGUAUGUCGCAGCCUUCGCUCGUGGACCAGAUUCAGAUGCGAGAUAUGACCAAGCAAAAGUACAUGGGUGGCGCUUCAGCAAAGAAACCCGUGGGUGGACCUUUUACUGGUGUCCUCGGCCAGCAAAUGAACGUGAACGGGCAAGUCCAGAACUCCACACGGAUGUCACAAACGCCCAUGAUGAAUGGCAUGGGCGGCAUGAACGGCAUGAAUCCCAUGAUGAAUCCCAUGAUGAGUGGGCAAAUGCCGAUGCAGGGAAUGGGUAUGGGCAUGGGCAUGGGUCAGAUGGGAUACCCAAUGCAGCAAGGCAACGAGUACAUGCAGCAGAUGCAACAAAUGCAGCAGAUGAUCGCCAUGCAGCAAAUGCAGCUGCAGAUGAUGCAGCAGCAACCCCAACAGCAAGACCCAAGGAUGUCGAUGGCAAUGCCCAACAACGGUUACGCGGCUAGUACUAUGGGCAGCGCAAUGGGCGGCGCAGGCUUCCUAAACGUACCAAAUGGGCAGAAUCGACCAAUGUCAUUCAUGUCGACCAACGGGAACCAACAACAGCAGCGCUCCAUGUCGUUCAUGGGUCCACAUCCAGGGUACACUCCCUCCAUCGCACCAUCCGAGCGUUCUAACAUUGGGCUGUCCGCUAGGUACCGUCCCGUCGUCAACCAGUCCGAUGCCGUCUCCAACGGAACGUCCAUGACGCUACAAGCCUCGGGCGGCGCAAACCAGAACCGGACCAACACCAUCAAGGGCAUUCUCAAGAAGGGUAGCCCAGGACCGCAAAUGAACGCUCCCCAGACAGACGAUGCCGAUGAAGACUGGGGCAAGAUGGCAGCACGCAAGAACAAGUCAAAGGGCAAGGAGAACAACAGCUCAGGCCUUGAAGAUCUCACUCGCGGUCUCGACAUUUAG